AUGUUAACUUCAGUCGGAAGAACAGUUGGGUCUAUUAAAUUUUUAAGUCGAAAAUUAUCGCGGCAAGCGCUUAAUCUAGUCUAUAAUGCAUUUAUUUUAAGUUGUAUUAAUCAUGCUAGUGUACUCUAUUGUGGAACAACAGUUACAAAUCUUCGCAAAUUAAAUUCACUUCAGUAUAGCGCAGGUUUAGCCGUUUUUGGAGCUAUGAGAGGGACUUCGCAUGAAAAAGUAUGCGCUGAACUAGGAUGGGCAUUUGAAACGGAGCAGGACGAAGAAGCAGAAGACAUUCAAGAGCAUAAGUUAAAAAUGACUCGAUUAUUCCUCUAUGCCAUUUUCUUAUUACUACUCAAUGUAUUCGUCGUCACAUCGAUCGCCAAAUUUCGUGCAAAUCACCAGAAGUGUGCUGCUACAAUUUUCGAUUUGAACGAACUUGUGCAGAGUAAAAAUACGUUUAAUCUUCUCAAUCAACAUCUUAAUUUAACACUAUAUCAAAAAAAUUUAUUACCGAAAAACGUUCAAGGACAACGACGACCUUCCUCUUCGGUGAGUGGCGGUGAUGUUGGUGGUAGUGGCAAAGUACAAUAUUCAUGUACAGAAGAAUGGAUGAAACUAACAAGACCAUUUUUUGGCUCAUUAACAUUGGCACAAGAAAAAGCGCUGAAAACAUUUGUGGCAGAACGGGAAAAUAGCUGUACAAUGUGUAAACGACGACCAAAAAGAUCGGUGGGAUCUUUACUGGAUAAAAUGAAGGCUGGAUUCAAUGGUGCGGCAAUGACGGUAACGUGGUACGCAAUCUUCUGUUGCCUUGCACCUUUCGGCCUCAUUAGCGAGUUAAUCACAAAAUUAGAAAAGAAGGGGUGA